GUUCUAAUUGAAACUUCCUAGUCUCAAGGUCAUUGACACUCGGGCGCACAAAUUACUAUGUACGAGGUUUAAUACAUACUUCAACAGUUCGCCAGUUGCGUCCGCCACGACUAGUGUUUGUUAAAAUUGGAAAAUAGGCCGUGAAAUGUUGAACUGUGAGCCUCCUGACCAUCUCGACAUCGACACAACUGACAUCGCCGUACACGAGACAUGACGAUGUUGGCACACCUGACUGUGGCAGCCGUGCCUCUUCUGCUGCCUCUGUUACUCGCCGGAGCCGAAGGAGGGUACCGCGUGGUCUGCUACUACGGCAGCUGGGCAGUGUACCGGCCCGGCGACGGCAAGUUCGACGUGGAGGACAUCGACCCCACGCUGUGCACGCACCUCGUGUACGGCUUCGUCGGCCUGGGCGAGGGAGACACUGUGCGCGUGCUGGACUCCUGGAACGACCUUCCCGACAACUACGGCAAGGGUGCGAUGGCGCGCUUCGUGAAGCUGAAGGAGCGCAGCCCCACGACGAAGGUGAUGGUGUCCAUCGGCGGCUGGAACGAGGGCUCCACCAAGUACUCGGACAUGGCGAGCUCCGAGUCGCGCCGCCAGAGGUUCGCCGACAACGCGCUGGCCUUCGUGCAGAAGUACGGCUUCGACGGCCUGGACCUGGACUGGGAGUACCCGGCACAGCGCGGCGGCAAGCCCAGCGACAAGGAUAACUUCCCGAAGCUUCUGGAGGCGGUGUACAACAAGUUCCACGCGAAAGGCCUACUGUUCACCGCGGCGUUCGGGGCCAGCCUCAAGACAGUGGGCCUCUCCUACAACAUUCCCGAAGUUUCCAAGUACCUGGACUUCAUCAACGUGAUGACGUACGACUACCACGGGUCGUGGGACACGACGACGGGAGUGAGCGCCCCGCUGUACGCCGACCCCACCGACGCUUCCGACGAGGCCAAGACCAUGAACAUCGACACGUGCGUGCGGAACCUGCUGAAGCUGGGCGCGCCGGCGCACAAGCUGAACCUGGGCAUGGGCACGUACGGCCACUCCUUCACGCUGCAGGACCCCCAGCAUCACGGCGUGAACGCGCCCAUCUCGGGACCCGGGGAGGCCGGGCCCUACACGCGCCAAACAGGCACCAUCGGCUACAACGAGAUCUGCGAGCAGAAGAACAAGUGGACGAUCGUCUGGAACGACGCUCAGCAGGUGCCGUACGGCUACAGCAACAACCAGUGGAUCGGCUACGACAACGUCAAGUCCAUCAAGAUCAAAAGCGAGUACCUGAAGGAGAAGCAGUUCGGCGGCGCAAUGGUGUGGAGUCUGGAGACGGACGACUUCAGGAACGUGUGCGGCGAAGGCAAGAACCCGCUGCUGCACACCAUCAACGCCGUCCUCAACGGAGGCACGCUGCCGACGGGCGCUCCCACCACCGCCGGGUCCACGGCGGCGGCGCAGACGGGGGGCGGCGGGCAGACUGCCGCCCCCACGACGGCCGCCCCCCAGCCCACGGAGCCGCUGCCCCCCGCCACCGAGCUGUGCGACCACGCCGGCUACGUCAGGGACAAGACGGACUGCCAGGUGUUCUACGAGUGCGUGGCUUCGGGCGGCCAGUACCUCGUCUACAAGUUCAAGUGCGCCGACGGCACCUACUUCGACACCACCAGCGACCAGUGCAACUACGCCGAGCAGGUCGCGUGCUGACUCCCCUCCGCCCUUCCCCCUUCACCACCCAUUCCCUUUCACGUCUCUCUCUCCCUGCGCUGCAGUUACUAGUUGAUUCCUGCUCAUGUUCACACGUCCAGCGUGCAUUAUUUAUCACGACACCUUCAGAACCAUACAUAUUUAAAAUGUGAAUGUUUGUUCUUUUUUUUAUUAAUACA